UACACAAAUCUUGUGACGGCCUGAAACACACACACACACAUGUGAAAAACACACUUUGUGUGUUCAGUCGUGAGCUUCUCCACACUUUCUCAUUUGUCUUAUCAGGCUUUCAGACACGUUGGUUUUCUGUGAUGCUCCAGUGACCUCUUCUCCAGGUGUUUAUCUGAUGGUAUGGUGGCCAGAACACAAGAGGUGUCAUUCGACAGAGAGGAAUCAUGGGAAAUCCAGCCAUUGAUCUGAGAGUGUAUUUGGGAUCCGAGUUUGUCGGGGAAGCUUUAUGGCGAGCUAAAGAGCUGACAGACGCCGCGUACGCUUGCACCAAUGACAGGGUGAAGAUGUCUGUAUCCGACGCUUCUGUCCGACCCAAUGACCUGCUGGCCCUGUUUAAACAGACCGGCGCCGAAACCAGAAGCCACAUCAGAUCCGCCGAGUUUCUGGACAACACGGUGGAACUGAUCCGAGAGAUGGUGUACACACACACACACACCAUGGACAAACCCCAGCUCAACGAGCUUUUGAGCGCAGAAGACACGGAGAUCAUCCAGCAGGUGACCGGCUGUUCUUCAGAAACAAUCAGACCCGUGUGUACAUCUGACUGUCUGUCCAAACGAUACCGGACCGUCACAGGACACUGCAACAACAGAGAGAAUCCUCUGUGGGGAGCAGCGAACACGCCGUACACACGCUGGCUCUCGCCGGAGUACGAGGACCCUCGAGGAGCCCCCCGUGGCUGGGACCCGCAACACACCUACAAUAACUACACCCUACCGCCCGUACGCAGUGUGUCACAGGAGGUCUUGUACACUCAUAAUGAGAACAUCUCAUUGGACACGUCUCUGUCUCAUCUGCUGGUGGAGUGGGGUCAGUGGAUCGAUCAUGACCUGACGUUAACUCCUCAGAGUUCCAGCACCGCAGAGUUUAAGAGCGGAGCCGACUGUACUCGCACCUGCAGCCGCCACACGCCCUGCUUCCCAAUACACAUCCCACCCUCGGACCCCCGCGUAGGCCGGCAGAGCUGCAUGCCGUUUUUCCGCUCCGCUCCCAGCUGCACAGUCCCGUCGGGUCACCGGGAGCAGCUGAACGCCAUCACCGCGUUUGUGGACGCCAGCAUGGUGUACGGGAGCUCGGAGGCGCUCGCCGUCGCCCUGCGGAACCUCUCGUCUCCUGUCGGCCUGCUCGCUGUCAACCAGCUCCACUCGGACCAGGGUCUGGGCUUCAUGCCCUACCUGACCCGCACGCAGCCUCAACUGGACCCCUGCGGCCCGCGAGAGCCGCUCGACCCCAGCCUGCCACCUGAGACGGCAGUCAGACUCGACACGAGCAUGAGGAAUAAAUCCUUCUGUUUCCAAGCAGGUUGUGGGUCAUUGAAUUCUCUUCGUGUGCACUCAUUGAUCGCGUGUGUUUAUAAACUGUGGCGUUUUUGUGGGUGUGUCUCAGGUGACUCUCGGGCCAAUGAACACUUGGGUAUGAUCGCUCUGCACACGCUCUUUCUGAGAGAACACAACCGACUGGCUGCGGAGCUUCGCCAGCUCAACCCUCACUGGGGUCCAGACACGCUGUACCAGGAAGCCAGAAAAAUACUGGGCGCCGUUCACCAGGUUCUGACGUGGGAUCAUUACCUGCCGCACAUCCUCGGCCGCAGCGCUCACCUGUCCCUCGUGUCCACGUACAAGGGUUACGAGCCCACCGCUGACCCCAGCAUCUCUAACGUCUUCUCCACCGCCGCCUUCCGCUUCGCACACGUCACCGUGCAUCCGCUCGUGAACCGCCUUGGACCCCAUUACCGGUGGAACCCUGAGCACCCGGCUCUGCCGUUACAUCAUUCUCUGUUUGCGUCCUGGAGGCUGGUGCAUGAGGGUGGUGUGGAUCCUGUGCUGCGCGGCUUGCUCCUGUCCUCGGCCAAACUGCAGACGGCAGAUCAGAUGAUGAUUGAGGAACUGACGGAGAGGCUCUUCCAGGCUCAGGGUGGUCUACCGCUCGACCUGGCGGCAUUAAAUCUACAGAGGGGACGAGAUCAUGGACUACAAGGUUACAGCGCGUGGCGGGAACUCUGCGGUCUCGCUGUCCCUGUAAAUGAAUCUGAUUUAGCAGGGAUUGUGGGUAAUGAAGUUCUGGCCAAGAAGCUGCUGCGCCUGUAUGGAACAGCCCGGAACAUGGACGUGUGGGUGGGAGGCAUCUCGGAGGGCGCUGUGACCGGGGGCCGGGUGGGGCCGCUGCUCGCCUGCCUCAUCGCCAAACAGUUCACGGCUCUUCGAGACGGAGACCGGUUCUGGUGGCAGAAUGACGGUGUGUUCAGCUCAUCUCAGAGAGACGCUCUUCAAACCGUCUCUCUGUCUGCCAUCAUCUGUGACAACACGCACAUUCGGCUGGUGCCCUCGGACCCUUUCUCCCGCACGCUUCAACCCGACGGCCUGCUGUCCUGCACGGAUGCGCGCGUCCGACGCAUGAACCUGUCGGCGUGGAGAGAGGCAGACGCAGACUCGGUCUGCGGCUCGAUUCCACGACUGCGCGUGGGUUAUUCAGUGCUGUGUGACUCAACCGUCAUCUAUCAGUGUCCCGCUGGAUACCUGCUGCAUGGAGGCCCUCACAUCACCUGUGACCCCGACACACACCAGUGGAGCCUUCCACCGCCCGCCUGCCUGGACGUGGAUGAGUGUUCGACGGAAUCAUGGGUUUGUCCUCCACACCUGCAGUGCUUCAACACACCUGGAUCUUACAGCUGUGCAGCUCCGCCCCUCUCGGCCUCCUCCAUCGUGGCGUCGGUGAUGUCAGUUCUGGUGGGCGUGGCUUUGAUAGCGCUCAUCCUCAUCUGCUACCACAGGUUUUUCCUCCUCAAGCUCACAGAGAGAGAAUGCUGUCAGAGAAGACGCUGAAAUGACAUCAAGCUGGUUUGGGAAACGUCUCGCAGUCUUUCAUGAAACUGUUUAAUAUUGUAUAGAACAACAGUGUAUUCUGUAUAGUAAUGGUGUGUUGUGCAUGCUUCCUUUUAGAUGACCGGAACAUUCUGUGAUAAAAUGUCUUGAUAACACACGUGUGUUUAAUAGCCGACAGCUCAAACUAAAGAGUUUUCAUGAUGCUCUGCUUGUUGUUCCUCUCAGCCAAUAGAAUGUAAGAGUGAGCUGUGACAUCAUACAGACAGAAAUGUUCCGCUUCAAUUUCUCAAAACUCUCGAGCCUUUGUUUUUUGCUCUUGU